GCCCUCCUCGCCGCUCGGCUUCGCUCUGCUGCUGCUGGCGGCCGCGGGAAGGUCGCUCCCGGUGAGGCGGGAAAAAUAUGCAGGAUGCAGGGAAAAGCUGUUCAUCAAAGGAAAAAAAAAGCUGGAAAAGCUUUCAUCUGUAUUUUGGAAGAAUGCUUGAGGAACAUCCUCUAAAUAUGAGUUCAGAUGGGUCCCUCUCUGAGGUUGUGCAGAAAUGGAAGGAGUAUCAGCUCCAGUGCCAGAAAUACUUGUAUGAGACACCCCCCAUUGUGGCAGAAGGCAAGUUCUGCAACAGAACGUUUGAUGACUAUGCCUGCUGGCCAGAUGGACUGCCUGGCACCUAUGUGAAUGUCAGCUGCCCCUGGUAUCUUCCCUGGGCUAAUGCAGUGCUGCAUGGGCAGGUGUACCGCUUCUGCACCUCAGAGGGGACCUGGCUGCUGAAGGAGAAUUCAACCCUGCCCUGGAGGAACCUGUCUGAGUGUGAGCCCUCUGACCAGGAUGCACCAGAAGAACAGCUCCUGAAUUUGUCCAUCAUAUACACCAUUGGAUAUGCUCUUUCCUUCUCUGCCCUUGUAAUAGCAACUGCCAUUCUUCUUGGAUUCAGACAUCUGCAUUGCACGAGGAAUUACAUUCACCUGAACCUCUUCACCUCUUUUAUCCUCCGGGCUAUAUCUGUUUUCAUUAAAGACUCGGUGGUGAAGUGGAUGUACAGCACAGCCACACAAGAGUACCAGUGGGAAGGACUUAUAGCCUUCCAGGAAUCACUCAGCUGCCGUUUGGUCUUUGUGAUGAUGCAGUAUUGUGUGGCUGCAAACUACUACUGGCUGCUGGUGGAAGGCAUGUACCUGUACACACUGCUGGUACUUUCCGUCUUCUCUGAGCAGAGGAUUUUCCGCCUCUAUCUCUGCAUUGGCUGGGGUGUGCCAAUGCUGUUUGUUAUCCUCUGGGGAACUGUCAAGUACCUUUAUGAAGAUGAGGGUUGCUGGACCAGAAACUACAACAUGAAUUACUGGCUGAUCAUCAGACUGCCCAUUCUCAUUGCCAUCGGGGUGAAUUUCCUGAUCUUCAUCAGAGUUAUAUGCAUCAUCAUCUCCAAACUGCAGGCUAAUUUGAUGUGCAAAACUGACAUAAAAUGCAGGUUGGCCAAGUCUACGCUGACUCUGAUCCCACUGCUGGGGACCCAUGAGGUCAUCUUUGCCUUUAUUACUGAUGAGCAUGCCAGAGGGAUGCUGCGCUUCGUGAAGCUUUUUACUGAGCUCUCCUUUGCUUCGUUCCAGGGGCUGAUGGUUGCAAUUCUUUACUGUUUCAUCAAUAAUGAGGUUCAGAUGGAGUUUCGGAAAAGCUGGGAGCGCUGGAGACUGGAACACUUGUAUGUCCAGAGAGACAGCAGUAUGAAACCUCUGAAGUGUCCGGCCAACAGCAUCAGCAGUGGGGGCACAGUAGGCAGCAGUGUCUAUGCUGCCACUUGUCAGGCCACAUUCAGCUGAGAUUUCUGCAGGUGAAUCAGACUGAGAACAAUGAGCUGUAUAAUGUACCUGAAAACCCUUAAACACCCAAGCAAGUGGCUUAAGUUUGCCAUCUCCAGCAAGAAACUUAAGCAUGUGCUGCUCAUCGCCUGCAGGCUGUUGGACAAAGGUUUCUAGGGAAAGCAAUCUGCUAAUGUAAUGAACACAUCAGAGGAAAAAUUGGUCAUGUCUAAAGUAAGUUAAAAGAGUUUUUUUCCUAUUUGCACACAAGGCCUCCAGGGGUCCAAAACUUAAGCGUUGCAUUGAUCCAGUCUGAAACCACAGGGUCAAUGGCUUAUUACUGUUGAGUGGGUGAGCUGAGUGAUCGACUGAUUAAAUUGCAAGGAUAUAGAAUAUGAUUAUUGCCAAAAAAAUACAUUUAGACUUUUUUGGGGAUAGGGUAAGGUGCCAUCGCCAUUUUUAGAAAAACAUAAUUUAGUGGGACAUAACUUGUGUUUCAGGAAAGAAUCAGUUUGGUAGCAGGGGUUUCCCAAAGUUAAUGAAAAUGUGCUAAUCUGUUUUCUGGGUACGUGAAGAACAGCAUCCUGAAGGUCUGUCAGUAUAUAGCAGGUAGUGUAGUGAGCACUUCUGAAUACUGUCUUCAAGUUUCACUUUAAAAAGUACAAAACCCCAAACAAAACAAAUAUGCAGUAUCUGUUAGGUACCUCCUCUGCUAGGAAUAGGUGCACGUUAUCUCUUUUGACAUGGAUGGAAAUGUGCUCUGCAUGCAGAGCCCUUCCACUGUCAGUGCUAGGCUGCCCACCUCGUGGACACACAGGUGUUCACAGGGAUGGGGUGAUGGCUUGUGUUUCAAGAGAACCUUUCCUGUCUGAGCUUUACUCUGCUUCUUGUGGGUGCAAACAAACACAAAGAAGUCAGCUUGCGGCCACUGCUGGUCUCAGCAGACCUCUCCUCAUGGCAAAGAUUCGGUAGCUGGUAGUGCGUGCUCACUUCUGUUUCCCCUCCGCCCUUGGUCCUUCUCUCGGGUGACACAAGGUACCCUCGCGUGCGGAGGGGGUGGCCCUGGCGCAGGGCGCGGGUUCAGGACCAAGGACAGCUCCCGCCCCCCUUCCCGGGGUGGGCUGCCAGCCUGAGCGCCUGCCAGCUUCCCAUCAGCGGCAUUCCAAAAAUCCCCAAACAAAACCAACAACUCCAAACAAAAAAUCCUGAACUCCGUGAGAUUUUUUUCUGUCUGUUUAGAACAACAAGGGCUCAUGCAGUGACUGCAUCCACACUGUGUAGUGUGUUCCCUCCCUCACAUUGACAAGAGUUGCUGGGGACAAGCAGAAGUACCUUUAGAAGCUGGAUGUGGUACAUUGCAUCACUUAAUAACAAGCUUUGUACAGCUUUAUUCUUACUUGGGCUCCCCUUACAACAGAGGCCAAGAGCCAAAGACAAACUCUGAGAAUCUCCCUGCUCACAGAGUUUUUGUAAUAAAUAAGUAAUUUCCAUGGCAAAGCAGUUACAGCGACUCAGCAGAAAUAACCCUCCCUAUUUUCAAGUCUCCUGGCACUUGCAUUCACAGCCCCUAUUACCAAGAAAGUGGACUGGAUAUUCUGGGAUGUAACUCAGCAUCUUUCCUGCCUGAAGCUAGAUUGCUUUGCAUGAGAUUAUUUAAUCAUUGUAUUAGAAUCCUAAUUGCCAACAGCAUGGAUUAGUUUUGCAAUCAUAAGGUUAGAAUUGAAUUAAAGAGGAUGUGUUACCACAUUGUCCUCUAAUGCUAGUAAUUGAACUCCAGGGAGAAAGACAUGUUUGCAGAAAUCCACCACAGUUCUCAGGCUGGCUUAUGUGUCUUCAGCAUGCUGGCUUCUCUGCAGGCUACUUCCAGGCCUUCCCUCUCUUAACAUCAGUUGCAAAGAUGACUUAGUAACAAAGCACUUCAGGUUCUUCUGUAUAUUUAAUAACUAGCUUCUGUGUUGUGUGACCAUCAAUACAAUACUUGUCCGCUACAUGCAGGCGUUAACUGCUGUCCUGCAGUUAAUUAAUUAGCUUCCUGUAGGUACAGAGUAUGCUUGAUGUUUCUAUCUAAUGUCUAUCCUGAAGUGCUAAGAAUAGGAAAAAAGUACUACAGAUUGUCACUGGCAGGUGAAAGGGCAGCAUGGUGACAGAUGCAAAUUUACAGCUGUGGUGUAAUGCGCACUGGCGGGAAUAAUUUCACUCAUUAAUAUUCAAGAGUGGAUACUGAUUCUGCUUAGUUGUGUGCAAACUUGGGAAAAAAAAGUUUCUGCUGCUUGUGCAGCUGUUGGCAAGAUGAUAGUUCUAUGACAACAGGAAGUUACAGAAGUGUUCUAACUCACUGCAGUGCUGGACAAACAAGUGUAUGUAACAAAUGAAUGUAUGUAACAUGGGCACAGAGAGCAUUUCCAUGUGUGGUAACAAACCUGUACUUAAUUGCUGUCACAAGCAAGAUUCAACAGCUUGACGUGCUUUUGAGUUAGUAGUAAGCUGUUCUUGUCCCUCCCCAUUUGUGAAUUGAGGGCUUUGGACACACAGGAAUAGCUCCAGUUAACUUAUCUUGGUGACUUCUGCUUUGUUAGAACACAAGACAAAAGUAAGGUAAUAAAGUGAGGUCUUAGCCAAGCAGAAGGUUACAGCGGAAUUUUUUCCCCCCUCUAAUUAAACUCUCACUAUUUCAAACCUUUUAAAAUCCCCUCUCAAAACAACUCAGUGGAAGUAAUUAACACCAAGCAGAUUUACGGUAUUUGUGUAUUUAGAAACUGAGCAAGGCCUCAAUGCCAAUUUCUCCAUCAUACUUCAUCUACUUCAGUAAAACCUUUUACAAGUCUUUGUUAUUCAUGCCAUCUCUGUUUCACAAUGUGUAAUGUACAUUUAUUUGAGUAGCAUGAAAUAAGCAAACCAACACAAAGCACUGGAAGAGAUGAACUGUGUCAAUUUUUAUUUCUUGUGCCUUUUGGCUUCAUGCUCACUUACUGUGGUAACUUGUUUCAUGAAGCAUUAAAUACAAGAAUCUAUAAAUCCACCUGGACAUAAUGCAGUUAGUGUGUAUAGCAAGUGAAAACUUUAUUUCCAGCAUUGCUGCUAUGAAUUUUUAUAAUUUCAUUGAUCUUACCUUAUAUUUAAUAUUUAUUUGCACAUAUUUCCUUGUUUUAAAAAAUACCCACAGAACUGAACUGUACAAGAUGUCAGAUUAUCAACUCCCCAUAAACACUAUGCUGAUGUUUAUUUUCAUUGUUGUGAAUAAAGUUUCAACUCACAAAAUUC